AUGAUAGAAGACUCAAGCCAAGCCACCCUCCAACCCGAUUCGUUUCGGGUGCAAAUACCUGCGAAUCACUCUUGGGACUCAGAUCUUGCUAUCCUCAACUCAUCGCUUCCUCGGCUAGUGCAGCUUGCUGUCCGGGCACUUCCCGUCUGUGCUUGUGUUGCCCGCUAUAUUCUAUGCAGUAUCUUGAUAGCAUGCACAAAAAAAGAUGCCUUAUCGAGACGUCUCGGACUUAUUCCCUUGCUGUGCUUGUCAGUAGUGCAAGGUACAUUGGCACCACUCCUGACCAAUGAUUCGUCAUUCAUAGGGCAUCUUGGUAGGGAUGCCUUCCUUGGUGCUUGCCAUGCAAUCAACCUCUUGACCCUCGUUGAAGUCGACGCUACAGACCUGGAACGGGAGAUUCUGCGUAAACGACACUCAACUACACUUGAAAGAAUAUGCAGCGGACUGUCUAUACUGUGCAAUAAUAGGGGCAUCCGCACGAAAUGGCAGGUGAAGAACAUACCUCCUUUUCCUCAGUCAUUCGACGGCGCCAAGAAUCCCAGCCACAGCUCUUUCUGUGUUAGGCAGAUUACCAUUGCCCUGUGGGAGAUUGGCACUGCCUUCCUGGUGGCGCUAUAUUUCCUGAGAACCAUGCCAUCGGAUACGCCGUGCGAUCGUGUGCUCCCUGCCUUCCGGGACUCCCCGGGGCUAUGGCGAGUAAUUUGGCCCUUGAUGUGGAUUCUUCCCUUUCGCAUGAGCAUUGACAGCAUUUACCGGCUUGCCAGCGCCGUCUCAGUUGCUAUAGGGCUGACUACACCGAUUGACUGGCCUCCUGCCUUCGGUAGCGCCCGUGAUGCCUGGACCCUGCGGCAGUUCUGGGCUGUAUACUGGCACCAGUUACUGCGGUGGCCUUUUAGCGCCAUCUCAACCGCUAUCGUGGAGAAGGGGUUUGGCAUGACAAAGUCAGAUCUUGUGGGGAGAUAUAUGCAUGUUCUCUUGGUGUUCACGCACUCUGGUCUCUUCCAUCUCAUCAAUGAUGUUCGGUAUGGGGUCCCGUGGCGCAAGUCAGGCUCUCUGCUUUUCUUUUGCAGUUUCACUCUCGGAUUUAUGAUCGAGGACGGGGUGCAGGAACUCUGGCGUCGCGUUACCCAAAAACGAGGGAAGAAUCAGGCGAUGCAGUGCAGUGAGAAACGCCCAAGCACGGGUGCUGCCCUCACCCCCACGCCAGUAUGGAAAAAAGUAUUGGGAUUUGCGUGGGUAGGGGCCUGGUUGAGCAUCUCGACCCCAAUUUUUAUCCAGCCCUUUUUCGAAGGCGUGUGCCGUCAGGGUGCCGCAUCUGGCUUCCUCUAUAUAAUCCAACAGCUGGACCCAAUGUUCCUGUGCGGGGCUAUGGCGGCUAUGACUUUGCUUGUUUGGCACCAUUUUGGUAUAGACCUCUGA